UGUGUGGCUGUGACCUGGCUCAGGGAGGCUUCUUCAUGAAGAAUGGAGACUACCUGUGUACCCUGGACUACCAGCGAAUGCACGGGACGCGCUGCAACGGCUGUGGGGACUUUGUGGAGGGAGAGGUGGUCACUGCCCUGGGCAAGACCUAUCACCCUGCCUGCUUCGUCUGCACCAUCUGCAAGUAAGAACCCCCACCCGACACAUACAGACUCUUAUUUUGAAGUGCAUACUCUAAUUUUGAAAUUGUAUGUACAGUGCCUUGCAAAAGUAUUCAUCCCCCUUGGCGUUUUUCCUGUUUUAUUGCAUUACAACCUGUAAUUUAAAUGGAUUUUCAUUUGGAUUUCAUGUAAUGGACAUACACAAAAUAGUUCAAAUUGGUGAAGUGAAAUGAAAAAAAUUACUUGUUUCAAAAAAUUCUAAAAAAUCAAUAAUGGAAAAGUGGUGCGUGCAUAUGUAUUCACCCCCUUUGCUAUGAAACCCCUAAAUAAGAUCUAGUGCAACCAAUUACCUUCAGAAGUCACAGAAUUAGUUAAAUAAAGUCCACCUGUGUGCAAUCUAAGUGUCACAUGAUCUCAGUACAUAUACACCUGUUCUGAAAAGCAAGGGGCACCACCAAGCAAGCAGCACCAUGAAGACCAAAGAGCUCUCCAAACAGGUCAGGAACAAAGUUGUGGAGAAGUACAGAUCAGGGUUGGGUUAUAAAAAAACAUCAGAAACUUUGAACAUCCCACGGAGCACCAUUAAAUCCAUUAUUAAAAAACUGAAAGAAUAUGGCACCACAACAAACCUGCCAAGAGAGGGCCGCCCAACAAAACUCAUGGACCAGACAAGGAGGGCAUUAAUCAGAGAGGCAACAAAGAGACCAAAGAUAUCCCUGAAGGAGCUGCAAAGCUCCACAGCGGAGAUUGGAGUAUCUGUCCAUAGGACCACUUUAAGCCGUACACUCCACAGAGCUGGGCUUUACAGAAGAGUGGCCAGAAAAAAGCCAUUGCUUAAAGAAAAAAAUAAGCAAACACGUUUGGUGUUCGCCAAAAGGCAUGUGGGAGACUCCCCAAACAUAUGGAAGAAGGUACUCUGGUCAGAUGAGACUAAAAUGUAGCUGUUUGGCCAUCAAGGAAAACGCUAUGUCUGGCGCAAACCCAACACCUCUCAUCACCCCGAGAACAUCAUCCCCACAGUGAAGCAUGGUGGUGGCAGCAUCAUGCUGUGGGGAUGUUUUUAAUCGGCAGAGACUGGGAAACUGGUCAGAAUUGAAGGAAUGAUGGAUGGCGCUAAAUACAGGGAAAUUCUUGAGGGAAACCUGUUUCAGACUUCCAGAGAUUUGAGACUGGGACGGAGGUUCACUUUCCAGCAGGACAAUGACCCUAAUUAUACUGCUAAAGCAACACUUGAGUGGUUUAAGGGGAAAGAUUUAAAUGUCUUGGAAUGGCCUAGUCAAAGCCCAGACCUCAAUCCAAUUGAGAAUAUGUGAUAUGACUUAAAGAUUGCUGUUCACCAGCGGAACCCAUCCAACUUGAAGGAGCUGGAGAAGUUUUGCCUUGAAGAAUGGGCAAAAAUCCCAGUAGCUAGAUGUGCCAAGCUUAUAGAGACAUACCCCAAGAGACAUGCAGCUGUAAUUGUUGCAAAAGGUGGCUCUACAAAGUAUUGACUACAUAGACAUCGAUUUUAGCAUUGGCAAAUUGGUUUUGUCUCGUAGUGAGGAGAUUAUAAAACGUAGCUAGAUUCAUAAACAUAUUUUUUGGAAUUCUGAAAUGUAUUGGAAUAAAUGACCAAACUAUAAAACUAGCUCGCUAGCUAUGGGUAAUUGUAGCUAGCUACCUGACAGGAGUGCUAGCUAGAUACCGUAGCUUACUAGCUACAUAAAAAGCUUUAGGUUGUUUGUUUUUAAGCUCAAGUUCAGGAUUUCCACCAAGGAUGUUGCCUCUUCGAUCCUCACUCUCCCUCGCUUGGGCAAGGGACAUUUAAGGUACACUUGGAUGUGACGAUGUAAAACUUCAUUCAAGGGCUGAGGGUUUAGGGCCGAGGGCUGUCUACUUUGAGUUUGAAACACAGCCAAUCAUUUAAUCCAAACUGCUCAAGUGCGUCAACGAGCGUCUGCGUAGCCAGGCGCUAAAAUAGAACUUGGUUCCAUUUUUGACGCUUGAAGCGCUGCAAGUCCCGCCUCUCCCAUCUCCUCAUUGGUUUUUAGGAGCAUAUACCCACGUGGGGGACUGAAAGAUGAACUGAGGUCCACACUCCAGUCCAGUUGGAAGUGGUAAUGCACCUUAAAGUUGGUUGCCAACCGCCAUAUAAAGCCAGAAGAAGAAGAAGAAGAAGAAGACGGAAGGAGGAGAGAUUACUAGAAACAAACUAGGUUUACCCGUGUAGCUCAGUUGGUAGAGCAUGGCGGUUGCAACGCCAGGGUUGUGGGUUUGAUUCCCACGGGGGACUAGUAUGAAAAUGUAUGCACUCACUACUGUAAGUCGCUCUGGAUAAGAGCGUCUGCUAAAUGACGUAAAUGUCAAAUGUUUACCCUUUUUUAAAUCUGUGGAUUAAUUGUCGGAGUAGAGGACCUUGUGCAUUUCAGGUAAAAUAACAACCCAAUGUUUAUAUCCCAGGACAAACUAGCUAGCAACAGCAAACUAGCUAGCUAAAUGGCCAUGAAUGUUUUAUGCGUUUCGACCUGUCCCCAAAUUAAUAAAGGUGGUUCAGAGUUCGUGUUGAAAUUUCAACCUGCACCUCCUGAUCGCAUCUGGUGUGGAUAGACAAAAUCAACAUGCGCGCGAUGGCGCACGCGGACUCACGCGCAUGCCCGGUCUAGUCAGCAUGUUAGUUAUUCAGGAGAGAGCUAUAGGAAUCUCUUUUUCAAAGGAGCCCUGGUCAAGAGCUAGCAGCAUUACUCAUUAUCUAUCUCAUUACUCUUAUUGUUCACCUUAAUUGUACUCUUCUUAGCAUCCUGACUGCAUCCUCUUAUCUACAUUGAUUGCUUUGGUCUUGAAAGGGGUCAAUAGGCUCACUCCAACAAUGCUGACACACAUUCACUUCAUCGUACACUGUUAUUCAAUACACUGAAUAUUCUCAGCCAGACAUACCCUAAUGUGACCUGUGCUACACUAUCCGUCUGUAUCCGUCUGGUGUCUGACCAUUAGUCUAUGUAUCUCUCUGUCUCUCCCACAGACGACCGUUUCCUGCUGGGGAUAGGGUCACCUUCAAUGGCAAAGACUGUCUGUGUCAGUACUGUGUCCAGCCCACAUCCCCAGGACCCGGCAAGGACAUUAUCGACUCCAACUGUGAGUAGCCUCUGUCUCCACUAUCCUUACAGUACUGUGUAUGGCUUAGUUACAUUGAACUAAUACUCAAACAAAAAUACUAAAAAAUGUCCAACCAAUUUAUUUGAGUUCAUAUGAUGUGUGUAACCCAUUGUCAGUGAUAAACACCAGAACUCUGUAAACUACUAGUAACCAAUAUACAGUAUUCAGUAAUAAGCGCAGCAAUAUUUCAACUGCAGCUUAGCCAUAGCCUGGUCCUAGAUCUGUUUGUGCUGUAUAGCCAAACCUGGGACCAGCCUAGCUCAGCAAUACUUUGGCAAUCAUUUCACAAAUUAUGUUGUGCCCCAGCAAAAUUCUAUUUGCUUCCAUUUCUUUCAUUUGUGUUUUUUUGGCAUGUUGUCGGUAUUAUAAUGUGUCUUUGUUUAUAUAAAAAAAAUCCUAAGUACAUCUGUGCUCCCCUUUGCCCAUGUUAUAACAUCUGGUAUGUAGACUUAUGUAGCAUGUAGUAACAUAUGGCAUACGUUGUCAUGCAGACUAUGUAAUAGCAGUUGUUAUUAACAGUUGACAUAAGAGCAUAUGACAACAGGAUGAACAAUCAUUUGUAACACUCUUUAUAACCGGUUUUUAUAACAUCUAACUCAUAACUAUUUAAAACGACUUAUGACAGCUUAUGACAAAUGUAAUAAUUUAUUAUAUAGCUGGUAUAAAGGCUUUAUGAUUGCAUGCAUUAGGACACCUACAGUAAAGUGUUACCAAUGUAAUAUACCUUAAUGGAAGAUUGAAGCAGCCAUGGCUAUUGUGUGUGUGUGUGUGUGUGUGUGUGUGUGUGUGUGUUUUACAGGCUGUACGGGCUGUGGUAGAGACAUUAAAAAUGGUCAGGCUCUCUUAGCUCUGGAGAGACAGUGGCACCUGGGCUGCUUCAAGUGUAAGGCCUGUCAAAAGGUCCUCACUGGGGAGUACAUCAGCAAGUAAGUCUAACAAAACUAUUAUACACACGACAUGCUUAUACACAGCGAAAUACACACACAGUAUACUUGCAGGCAAAGUAAAACACACUAUUCUAUUGUACUCUAUUUUAUUUUAUUAUAAUGUAUUCUAUUCUAAUGCACAUAACAUACACGCGGUAUACUUGCAGAAACAGUGAAAGACACAAUUCUAUUUUAUCCUAUCCUAUUCUAAUGCAGUCUGUGUUAUGCUCUCUCUCUGCACAGGGAUGGCACACCCUAUUGUGAGAAGGACUACCAGAUCCAUUUUGGAGUCCAGUGUGAGGCGUGCCAGCAGUUUAUUACAGGCAAAGUGCUGGAGGUAAGCCAAUCACCAAUCACCUAACAUUCAUUCCUCCCCCUGCAUGCCAUUACAGUCUUCUGAUUGGCUUAAUGCAGUUAAGGACCAAUUGGCUGAUUGGUUUAAUGCAUAGGGAGAGCCGCACUCAGUCCGGCUUUCAACUUACUCUUGAAAGUUGUAAUAGUAGAAUGCACAGGGUGCAAUUUCGAAAUUGGGUAGUGCAUCAUCAGUUUUCCUCUUGUCAUGUCAGUCAUUGCAUACCUUAGAGAGCUAUUUAUAACUUGUCAGAAAUGUCCAGAUCAACUAGCCCAUGUCAGCUAAUGUUUUUUAGCUAGGUUUUUUAGCCUAUACAUUUCGUUGUAAUAUUUAAGUCACUCAAAUAUCACAUGAAUACACAUUAGACAUGGCAAAAUGUAUAGAAUUGUAAGAAAAUUAGCUUUAAAACUGCAACAUUUUCUCUGCACCCAGAAUGAGUAGAAUUCUAGGAAAUAAGCUUUAAACCUGCAAAAUGUUCUCUCCACCAACAAGAGGGGUGUGAACAGUUUGUGUCAUGAACAGUGCUUUUGCCCAUAGAAAUAGGCAUGGCGCGCUCACACAUGGGGGGCACGGGAUGUUUCCCAAUGCUGGAAGGGGGGCCUGAGUGAAAAAGUUUGGGAACCCCUGCCAUAACUCAUAGUUGGAUUGCAUCUCUGUCUGCAAACAGGCUGGCUACUACUAUAGCGGAAGAGAGAAAGGACAGAUAGCGGAAGAGAGAGAAAGCCAGAGAGAUGCAGGGUGGAAUGACAGAAGCAGAUAGGAGAGGGGGAAACAGAAUGAGUUGUGUCACUUACAAUGAGGCAGACAGAUAUGCUGCUUUGUUGUGCUCUGUAUGCACUGACAGCAAUGGAGCCAUCGCUACUCUGUUUUAUUUCCAAUGGAUUUGGCCAUUGCAUGUGGCUAAUGUCUGUGAAUGUGUGCUCACAAAAACAAAUCAUCUUUAGCAGAACUCAAUCGUGUUAGUGACUAUUUGGCGUAGUCCCUGUAUUCAGAAGAUUAAUCAGUAGAUUACAUAAGAGCAUUUCAUAAUUCUGCUAAAAAUUUAUCGUUUUUGUGUAGACACACAUCGACACUAGAGUUUCUAUUAGUGCGGUUUGUGUGUCUGGACUGGAGGGUGGUCCUGAUCCAACAGGGAUGGUUGAAGAAUAGACCCAUAUCUGUGAAUUGGCACUUCUCUGUUAGAGUACUGGUGAGUGGGGAGGGUGGUUGGUCAGGGAUGUUUGCUUCUCCAUUUGGGUAUUUGUCUCUUCUGUUCAGUGUCCUGUUCCUAAAAGAUUUUGUGUUACAUGUCGGUGUGUAUGCAAAGCACUUCAUUAUACAGUUUUCAAAGUACUGUAGCCCCUAUGUAAUAUCAGGGGAGGAUACUGUUGACUUUACUUUAGCACAAAGGGAGGAUAGCUCCUAUAUUUGUAGGCAUGUUGACUGACAGUGAACUCUUUGUGGUGUGCCUGGAUGAAUGGGUAAAUCAAAGGUUGAUUUAAUCAGUUAACUGUAUAUGUAUGUCAUCUUAACCUCGCCUCCAGGCUCGAAUUGCUGGGGCAUAGAGCCUGGUAACAGUGUGGGAAUGUUUGGAAUUUAGGGGGGGUGGAUUUACUGAGUGACAUGCUAGUCAAUUCAAAUUCUGAGCGAAUCACACGACUACGAGGCGUGGCUCUAAAUCAAGGCGGGAGAGGGUCGUCACUAGUUAACACAGCCACAAAGUCAUAAACCCUGCCUAUUUCUACAAUGUAUCUUAUUCAAAUCUGUUUUAAACCUAACCCUAACCUUAACCCUAACCUUAACCACACUGCUAACCUUAUGCCUAACCGUAACCUUAAAUUAAGACCAAAAAGCUAAUUUUAGUAGCCAAUUAUGACUUUGAAUCUUACUUUGUGGCUAUGGAAGCUAGUGGAAACCGAGGGUGAGCUAGCCUGUGACAGUUGUAUUAGAUGGGACAUUUAAAAAUGCCGAAAAUCGCCAAUCAAAAUAAAUGUUAUAUCACAUUAACCAUAUUAUUUUGGGGAAGUCCAAAUGAUUCUGAGUUUGGGCAUAUAAAGUUUAUUUGUGAAAACUAUUUCUAAGAUGAGUACUUUUAAAUCACUUGUGCUGCUUGUGCUUUGAAGUCCACAAUCUAGGGGGGAGGGUGGCGCUAGACGGUGAUGGACUGAGAGAUCAUCCAAUUAAAACCGCCGGCUGUUUUUGCCGCUCCUCCCAUAGACUCCCAUUCAAGUUCCAUUCUGAGGUGCUGUGAAACCAGACGGUUCUACAGAGUGAGAGCUGUCUGGUGGACGAGAUUCAUUUCAUGUAAAUGCCUCUUAAUGAACUGCUCCUGUGAAGAAAUGCACAUACGCUGGACAUUACACUAAACCAUGCCCUGGAUGGACUAGUGAGUCAGCAUGUUCCAGUCCUUAAGAAAACAGCAUGUGGGUUGAUUACACAUACUUUGUCAUGUUAUUUGCACAAUGUCAUCAUUUGAUGUGCACUAUGUUCCUUCUCUCUGCUGGGCUGUUGUUGCUGACGGUGAUGAACAAGCAAAGAUGGCCGUCAGUGGAGCAGUGUCGGUGUGAAGGAAUGACAUGGCAAUGAGAGAGACACGAGAGAGCUACACACACACACACACACACACACACACCACUCCACACCACACCACACCACACACUGAGUGCUCUGAAACAGGGUCCUAGCCAUGGCAUGCUACUCAUUAUGUAAGAAAGCAUGCUGUGUUAAACUCAACUGGAUUCUCCUGAGGGCAGAGGGUAGCCUAGCGGUUAAGAGAGUUGGGCCAGUAACUGAAAGGUCACUGGUUUGAAUCCCCGAGCCGACUAGGUGAAACAUCUUUCGAUGUGCCCUUGAGUAAGGCACUUAACUGUAAUUGCUCCUGUAAGUAGCUCUGGAUAAGAGCGUUUGCUAAAUGACUAAAAUCUAAAUGAUAUCUGUGUUUGUUUCCAGGCAGGGGACAAGCACUAUCACCCCAGCUGUGCACGAUGCAGCAGGUGCAACCAGAUGUUCACAGAAGGAGAAGAGAUGUUCCUACAAGGUGAGUAGCUGGAUGGGCUGAAGUUAUGUCUGGAGCAUUUUAAGGGUUAUUACGGUAUAGCUGGGUUGGUUUAGCCUGGUCCCAGAUCUGCUGUAUUGCCAACUAUUAGGUUUGUCCAUAAAUGUUGGCAAGAUAGCACAAACAGAUCAGGGAGCAGGUUAGGUUUGGUUGUCUUUGUUCUCUAAUACCAUCUGUCUCUGUUCUCUUCCACAGGAUCAACAGUGUGGCACCCUGGCUGUAAGAACACAACCAGAACAGAGGAGAGACAGAGGGAACGGGUAGGACAGUAGCUACCUCUUGUACCCUGACCUUGUUUGCACUGUGCAAGUGUCUCUUCUGUGUCAGCCAGUCCCAAUUUGCCCCCCUGUACCCCUUCCCCUUGGCCCUAAACCUUGUGUUUGCAGAUUUGUAAGGUGUAAGUAAUAUGGUGGAAACUCCACCACUACACUGCUUAUACCUAGCCAGACACCACAGAUCUGCAAACAUCAAAGGGUUAGGACCAAAGGGAAGAGGUAGGGAGCAAAAUUAAGACUGGCUGUGUCUGUUUGUUCUGUGACAGACACCUACAGUAUGCCUCUCCCCCUUUAAUCCUAUGUCUACCGGUGUAUGUAGUGUGUGUGUCCCUCGCUGUGUGGUGGUUGUGUGCGUGUGAGCUGCAGGUUUUGGGUCAAUUCCAUUUCAAUUCAGUCAAUUCAGAAAGUAAACAGACAUUUUCUCAUUGGAAAGGGUUGAUAAAAAAACGUUAAUUUUCUAAAUGGAAAGCAUUGAGAAAAAAUGGAAUUGGAAUUAAAAUGACAGUUUACUUCCAGAAUGGACAGAAUUGAAAUGGAAUUGACCCCAACCUUGGUGAACUGUGAUCUGGCCAGCUGAAUGGGCUCCAUCUAAGUCAGGUUGGAGAGCCCCUGUGUGUGUGACUUCCUGUGAACCCCCCCUCUCCCUUCCCUUCCUCCACAGCUGUUGCCUCCGUCACUAUUACUCCUCCACAAAACAGAAAGGCAGGUACUGUAUUCGCUAUUGACUAUGCGAUGGCAUCAUCCUGUAUUACUUUCUCCAUGAUGUUGCAUAGGUCAUAGGACAUGAUGCGCUGUGUGCUGCCCCCUGCUGGAGCCAGCCUGCAGUGCUAUUAUCUCUGUGUCUUUCAUUCAGACCCAUAUCUGACCCAUUCACCAACAGCACUUAGACUUGGGCCCAUGGAUACACACAUUUGCACAUUAUAUCUCAUACACCCGUAUCGCCCUCAUGUGGAAGCAUGGGCUAAAGACAAGGACAUAUUUGAGGAGUAGACAUAAACAAAUUAUACAUUGACUCUUUGGGAUGCCCAAUGGCUCUUGGGGGCGCCCGAUUUGUUAUGGGGGGGCACAGCCCCACUUGUAAUUCGAACCAUGGUGAUUAAUAUCAAACAAUAAAUUCAUGGUUGUUUUCACCCAAACAACUCUCUUUAAAAAGACCCCAUUUAUUGUAACCAUGUGGUUGUGAAAACAUGAUUAAUGUCAAUGGCUGCAUUCAAUCAAUACAUGAAUUCAGGACUGUUGUUUCCAUCUGAAGUCUGCAUUUCUCAUUAGUAGGCAUGUGGUAUUUACAGUAUUAAGGGCAUUACUAAGUCACAAUGCAAAUGCUCUCAUUCAUUUUGCAAGAGGCAAAUUAUUGACAUCAUUGUGAGAUUAUGUGUUUGUAUUUUAUUUAAAGAUUUAAUCUACUUGUCAUAUGAGAUGUGACAAUGUGGGGCAGUUAGAGUGUUGGGCCAGUACCUGAAAGGUUGCUGGUUCGAAUUCCCGAGCCGACAAGGUAAAACAUCUGUCGAUGUACACUUGAGCAAGGGACUUAACCCUCAUUUUCUACAGGGGUGCCAUACUACUAUAGUUGACCCUGUAAAACAAAACAUUUCACUGCACCUAUCCAGUGUAAAGUACCAGUCAAAAGUUUGGACACACCUACUCAUUCAAGUGUUUUUCUUUAUUUUAACUAUUUUCUACAUUGUAGAAUAAUAAUGAAGACAUCAAAACUAUGAAUUAACACAUAUGGAAUCAUGUAGUAAUAAAAUAUUUGAGAUUUGAGAUUAUUCAAAUAGCCACCCUUUGCCUUGAUGACAGCUGUUCACACUCUUGGCAUUCUCUCAACGAGCUUCAUGAGGAAGGCUUUUCCAACAGUCUUGAAGGAGUUCCCACAUAUGCUGAGCACUUGUUGGCUGCUUUUCCUUCACUCUGCCGUCCAACUCAUCCCAAACCGUCUCAAUUGGGUGGAGGUCGGGUUAUUGUGGAGGCUAGGUCAUCUGAAGCAGCGCUCCAUCACUCUCCUUCUUGGUCAAAUAGCCCUUACACAGCCUGGAGGUGUGUUUUGGGUCAUUGUCCUGUUGAAAAACAAAUGAUAGUCCCACUAAGCGCAAACCAGAUGGGAUGGCGUAUCGCUGCAGAAUGCUGUGGUAGCCAUGCUGGUUAAGUGUGCCUUGAAUUCUAAAUAAAUCACUGACAGUAUCACCAGCAAAGCACCAUCACACCUCCUCCUCCAUGCUUCACGGUGGGAACCACACAUGCAGAGAUUAUCCGUUCACCUACUCUGCGUCUCACAAAGACACUCCGGUUUGAACCAAAAAUCUCACAUUUGGACUCAUCAGACGAAAGGACAGAUUUCCACCGGUCUAAUGUCCAUUGCUUGUGUUUCUUGGCCCAAGCAAGUCUCUUCUUCUUAUUGGUGUCCUUUAGUAGUGGUUUCUUUGCAGCAAUUUUACCAUGAAGGUCUGAUUCACGCAGUCUCCUCUGAACAGUUGAUGUUGAGAUGUGUCUGUGACUUGAACUCUGUGAAGCAUUUAUUUGGGCUGCAAUCUGAGGUGCAGUUAACUCUGAUGAACUUAUCCUCUGCAGCAGAGGUAACUCUGGGUCUUCCUUUCCUGUGGCGGUCCUCAUGAGAGCCAGUUUCAUCAUAGCGCUUGAUGGUUUUUGCGAUUGCACUUGAAGAAACUUUCAAAGUUCUUGAAAUGUUCCGUAUUGACCGACCUUCAUGUCUUAAAGUAAUGAUGGACCAUAAUUUCUCUUUGCUUACUUGAGCUGUUCUUGCCAUAAUAUGGACUUGGUCUUUUACCAAAUAGGGCUAUCUUCUGUAUAACACCCCUACCUUGUCACAACACAACUGAUUGUCUCAAAUUCAUUAAGAAGGAAAGAAAUUCCACAAAUUAACUUUUAACAAGGCAUACCUGUUAAUUGAAAUGCAUUCCAGGUGACUACCUCAUGAAGCUGGUUGAGAGAAUGCCAAGAGUGUGAACAGCUGUCAUCAAGGCAAAGGGUGGCGACUUUGAAGAAUUUAAAUAUAACAUAUAUUUUGAUUUGUUUAACACUUUUUUGGUUACUACAUGAUUCCAUAUGUGUUAUUUCAUAGUUUUGAUGUCUUCACUAUUAUUCUACAAUGUAUAAAAUAGUAAAAACUAAAGAAUAACCCUGGAAUGAGUAGGUGUGUCCAAACUUUUGACUGGUACUGUAUGUGACAAUAAAACAUCUUCUGGUGGAAUUUCAAAAACAAAGUUAGGUGUUGAACUAGGUGUCUUUUCCCCUCCUGUUGAUUACGCAGUGAUUGAGUUGUCAUACAUUAUAUAUACAAAAGUAUGUGGACACCCCUUCAUAUUACUGGAUUCAACUAUUUCAGCCACACCCGUUGUUGACAGGUGUACAAAAUCAAGCACACAGCCCUGCAAUCUCCAUAGACAAACAUUGGCAGUAGAAUGGCCUUACUGACAAGCUCAGUGACUUUCACCGUCAUAUGAUGCCACCUUUCCAACAAUUCAGUUCAUAAAAUGUCUGCCCUGCUAGAGCUGCCCCGGUCAACUGUAAGUGCUGUUAUUGUGAAGUGGAAACGUCUAAGAGCAACAACGGCUCAGCCGCGAAGUGGUAGGCCACACAAGCUCACAGAACGGGACCGCCGAGUGCUGAAGCGUGUAGCGCGUAACAAUCGUCUGUCCUCCGUUGCAACACUCACUACCGAGUUCCAAACUGCCUCUGGAAGCAACGUCAGCACAAUAACUGUUUGUCGGGAGCUUCAUGAAAUGGGUUUCCAUGGCCGACCAGCCACACACAAGAGUAAGAUCACAAUGCCAAGCGUCGGCUGGAGUGGUGUAAAGCUCGCCACCAUUGGACUUUGGAGCAGUGGAAAUGCGUUCUCUGGAGUGAUGAAUCACGCUUCACCAUCUGGCAGUCCGACGGAUGAAUCUGGGUUUGGCGGAUGCCAGGAGAACGCUACUUGCCCGAAUGCGUAGUGCCAACUGUAAGGUUUGGUGGAGGAGGAAUGGUCUGGGCUGUUUUUCAUGGUUCGGGCUAGGCCCCUUAGUUCCAGUGAAGGGAAAUCUUAACUCUACAGCAUACAAUGACAUUCUAGACGGUUCUGUGCUUCCAACUUUGUGGCAACAGUUUGGGGAAGGCCCUUUCCUGUUUCAGCAUGACAAUGCCCCCGUGCACAAAGCGAGAUCCAUACAGAAAUGGUUUGUCGAGAUCGGUGUGGAAGACCUUGACUGGCCUGCACAGAGCCCUGACCUCAACCCCAUCUAACACCUUUGGGAUGAAUUGGGACACCGACUGUGAGCCAGGCCUAAUCGCCCAACAUCAGUGACCGACCUCACUAUUGCUCUUAUGGCUGAAUGGAAGCAAGUCCCCGCCUCAAUGUUCCAACAUCUAGUGGAAAGCCUUCUCAGAAGAAUGGAUGCUGUUAUAGCAGCAAAGGGGGGACCAACUCCAUAUUAAUUCCCAUGAUUUUGGAAUGAGAUGUUCGACGAGCAGGUGUCCACAUACUUUUGGUCAUGCAGUGUAUUUCACUCAUCAUUUGCAAUGGUGGCAAACAUAAUGUGGUAGCAACUUUAAACUAACACCUAGCAACCUCGUCAAGAGAUUCGGAUCUCUUGGUGUAACAGUUAAUAGGUGUCACUGGACCCGUGUUUUUGAGUCCUGGUCGGGGCUGCCCCUCGGAUUUGCUGCAAUACGGAUUGAAAGAGGAUGAGAGGACAUGAGCCAACUGAAAGAGAACUAAAAACUAGUCCAGGGAUGCCCUUGAACGUGUUCCGAGAGAUGUUGUCUUGACUUGUCCCUAUUCUGUUCAAUAGUGUAACCAACAGUUCUCCUCUUGCAGCCUUCGAGGUCGUCGUCCGAGAGUAUCUGUUCCAGACCUGGUUCAAGCAUACCUGGCUCACCGGGUCAUACCAUAUAUGUGAGUUCUAUCUACCGUACAUCUAGUCUGACGACUCACAGUAAAUUCUUCCACUACUCUGCUACAUACUUUCGUCUGAGACUGCCAUCAUUGAAUUAGUUUGUGGUGAGGAGGGGCACGAGGGGUGUUGUACAAAACAAAGUUAUCAGCGAUUGGAUGGUCUCUAACCAAUCAGCGUAUCAAAGCCAAUGACGGAUUUUCAAACCGGACGCUGUACCCACGUGUGUUCUGGCUCUAGCCCAACCCAUCGGUUUCUGGACCAAUCAGACGGCCCCGAAUGUGCUUGGCAUUUGGUGAAGGGUCAGGGAUGUACUCAAAUCCAUACUCAUUGCGGAGAAUAAACUAACGUCUAUAGGCGUGGCGUAGCGUUUGGCCGGAGAAGGGAAUCUGGGUAGCCAGACAACCGUACAUCUAUCAUCACACACGUACUGGACUGGAUGUACUGCUCUUAUAUUUGGAAUUUAGGCCACUUCUCCCCUAGGAAAGCUUAAAAUAAAUUGUGAUUCCCUCUGCAAAAUUUGUCUUAGUCUUAGACCUUUUUCUUACCGGUACAUAGAUUUUCUGUUCCACCUUACUUUGUUCAUGUUGCUGGACCCUUACUGCCAGUCACUUCAUGUAAAGCACAAGGGGCCCUAGGCUUACCAGACUCCCUAAUAGUUCCUCUAUAGACAGUUACAAAUUGAUUGUAACUUUCCCAAAAUUCCCAGGUAUUCCAGAAAUCCUGGUUGGAAGAUUCAAUCUGGAGGGAAUAAGCAGGAAAUGUGUGAAUCCUCCAAACGUUAUUUCUGGAAAACCUGGAAUUUACAGGAAUUGUGCAACCCUACUGACCACUAAUACUUGCUAGUGUUAACCUGUCGCAGUAGAUGUGUGCUUUUAGUUGUGUAUAACCUCUCUCGCUCUGUCUCUAUGUAUGUGUCGAUCUGUCUGUCUAUCUGUCUGUGUCCCUAGGCAAAAGUAGACAAUGAGAUCCUUGAUUACAGGGACCUAGCCGCCAUUCCCAAAGUCAAAGCAAUUUAUGACAUAGAGCACCCUGAUCUGAUUACCUAUGAGCCUUUGUACACCACGUCCCUGGAUGAGAGGGAGGAGAGGAGGGAGAGUGUGGGAGAGGUAAUUAGCAUGCAACCAUGCAUGAACGUGUGUGUGUGCUUGCAUGUGUGUGUGUGACGCAUCAUGUCAAAAUGAAUGAGCCCGCAUUCUGAAGUUGUGAUCUGUGCUGGGUAAGUAUUUGUUUGCGAGGAAAUGUCUGUGAUGCAUAAAUCAUAUAAUCAUCUUCCUUCCAUCUCUCCACCUGGGAAAGUAUGUCUGUUGUUGCAGGGUGGAAGGCUGACACUUUUAGUGCACAUUCCAUUUUUAGUCCAGUGUAAAUCCAUUCACAUUCAGUUUGCUGAGUCAUCUUCUGUGUCCACAGCUCCAUACUGCGAGAAGGGAGCGUUCUCCCAUGCCAGACGACAAGGUAAGCCACGCAAUUAUUAUCAUUGGUGGUACAUGGUUUUGGUGUGUCAGUUCUUACAGUAUGGUAAUGUUGGAUGUUGGUAUUAAUUGAUUUUUUCUUAUUCAGUCCUCAAGAAACAUGUCACCUACACCAUCCGCUGAGGUGAGUGCCUGUGUCAAGACAGUCAGUGGUUUGAUUUAUAUUCAUAUUUACUUGGGAGUGGGACAGUGGCUACGAUGUAAUUCCACCUGCUUCAAAAACAAACUUUGAAAGUAAAAAAGAAAACAUUGUAUCUCAGUACCGCAUUACACCGUAAUACUCUUGUUUAGCGUUCAGGAGGAAUAUAAUAUAAUGAAAUAGAAUAGAAUAGCUCUUGGAUUGACAGUGAUUGGCAGGUGAGGUCACUGUGUUGUCCACUGUAGGGCUGCUAUGACAUGAGGGAACGCAUCCUCCAGAGGUCCACCAGUCAGGGCUCCAUGGGAUCACCCGUCUUCAAUCGCAACAGCUAUACCCCGAUGUCACGCUCACCGCAGCAUUUUCACAGACCAGGUGAGUGUGUGUGUGUUUGUCUGUGUAUUUGUGUGUAUGUAUGUGUGCGUGGUGCGAGCAUGUGCGAUUUGUAUUGUUACUCUUUACAGGUUGCACAGGAGAAAGAAUUGAAAAUAGUCUGAGAAAUACAGUAGGCACUGCCUCUCUCCACUCUUCCCUUACUAUUUUGACAAGUAAUACCACUUGUUCACAACUCACAGGAGUAACAUUCAUGCCUGUCACUCUUUCUUAACCACACCUGAAUCUUAACUCCCCACUGCAGCUGUCCUCUUUUAUCUUUACUCUUCACUGACCACCCUGGUAACACUAAUAACUUUAAUGAAUAAGCCUUAUAAAUACUAGUUUAUAGUUUAUUAAUGCUAUUCAUAUAAUCAGUUUUUUUUCAUUUUGAAGGUAUAUCUCGUAAUACUCUUUUUCCUUAUUCCUUAUCCCCAUUUCCCUCAAAUAGUUCUUCCUCCUUGUCUCAAGUAUGUUGUUUUCUAGUUUUUACAUGAUUCCGAUUUUCUCCCCCUCCCCCUUAUUUUCCUUCACCCUCUCUCACCUCCACUCCUCAUCACUCCCUUCCUAACUGUGGUGGUGUGUCCACUCGGUCUGUCUCCUCUCUCACCUUUCUUCCACCUCUUCCCUCCCUUCCUCCCUCCCUGCCUCCCUCCCUGUCUUUAUCUCUGACGGUGUGUCUACCGACUGUCUCACUUCCUCCUCGGCUCCACACUUCCCUCCUCCUUUUCCACCUCCCCUCCACAUCUCUCUCACAUCUCCCCCUCCACAUCUCCCACCCCUCCCUACCUGUGGUGGUGUCUCCCCACCGGCUCUGUCCCACCUCCCCUCCCCUCUCCCCCCCUCCCCUCCCCUGCAGAGACUCUGACAGGCAUGCAGAAGCUCUGCUCUGACCUGUGCAGUAACAGCCAUAGUGACUCCCGUCCCACCUCCCCAUUCAGACACCACUUCCUACCCCAUAGCCAAGGUAAGACAGGGCCCUAGUCCCCCAUUGUCCCCACUCCCAAGGCAAGCUGUGUCACCUCCUUCAAGUCUUCCUGCCUCAGACUCUAUGGCUAAACUACUCCCUACCAUCAUCUUCAGCCCCUAUAUAGUGCCUAGUGAAAGUCUGCACACCCCUUGCACAGUUUUCACAUUUUGCUGCCUUAAAAUGUUAUCUAAAAGGGAUUACGUUCAAAGUGAAAGAAACAUUAUAGAACAUUUUCUAAAUGAAUUUAAAAUAUAAAACAAAGAUGUCUUGAUUGCGUUUGUCUUCACACCCCAGCGUUAAAACUUGGUGGAAGCACCUUUGGCAGCAAUUACAGAUGUGAAUAAUUUUGAAUUAGAUUCUACCAACUCUGCACAACUCUUAUGGCAACAUACUGUAUAUCCAUUGCUUUUGUCAAGAUUGUAAUGCCAAAGACACGCCAGAAUGGAUUUCCAAGAGGUGUUGAGUUUUCCUGAGUUUUCCUUUUCCUGACUUAAAUCUGCUUGAAAUUCAGAGACUAAGUUUUUAUAUUGCUGUCCAUCAAUGAUUUCCAACCAAAUUUACUGAGCCUGAGCCAAUUUUGACAAAAACAAUGGAUAUAUUUUGCCAUAAGAGUUAAAAAUGAUUCACUGCUGACAAAGGUGCUUCCACCAAGUAUUAACUCCGGGGUGUGACGACAUAUGCAAUCAAGACAUCUUUGUGUUUUAUUUUUUAUUAUUUAAGAAACAUUUAUAUAUAUUUUUAUUUUACUUGGGGUAUGUAGACUUUCACUAGGUGUAUACUGUUGCCAUGCACAUUUGAUGUGAAGUGAAUGUCAGAAGCUAGCCUGGUCCCAAAUCUGUUUAUGCCUUUCUUGCCAACUGACUGGCAAACAGAUCUGGGACCAGGCUAGAGACGUCUCAUCUGCUGUCAUGAUAUAGACAUGCAGCCUAGCUCACUUAGACCAGGGGUUCUGGUCUAAUUUGAAUUCAUUCAUGUGAUAUUUGAGUGACUCAAACAUUUCAACAAGAUCUAUGGGCUAAAAAACCUAGCUAAAGAAACAUGCCCCCCCUGCCGAUCCCUCGCAUCUCCCCUAGGGGGCGGCGCACCCCACAGUUUGGGAACCACUGACUUAGACCAACCAUCAUGCCCCUUAACAUAUGUUCUCUUUGACCUCUGACCUUUACUGGACCUCUGGACAUUUCGACACAUGUUUGUAUUUGGUAGUGGUGAUGGCCAUGUACGCACUUUGAAAUGUUUUUUUUUCUCCACUCAAGUCACAUUACUGGCAUUCUGCCUGUUCAAUGAUAAAUCCUGGACAUUCAAAUUAGUAUGAGAUGUUACAUUUGGUAUGGUUACAUAAGACAGAUGGUUACUUAAGGCAAAAAUAAAAGUAGGGUGGAUGGGUGGGCGUAUAUCGCAAACGUCUAGCAACCCGAAGGUUGCGAAUUCAAAUCUCAUCAUGGACAACUUUAGCAUUUUAGCUAAUUAGCAACUUUUCAACUACUUACUACUUUUUAGCUACUUUGCAACUAAGCAUGUUAGCUAACCCUUCACCUAACCCUUUUAAUUAACCCUUCCCCUAACCUUAACCCUAUUAGCUAACCCUAACCCUUUAACCUAACUCUUAAACUUAACCCUAACAUUAACCCCUAACCCUAACCCCUAGCCUAGCUAAUGUUAGCCAGCAAGCUAACGUUAGCAACCUAGCUAGAAUUCGUAACAUAUCAUACAUUUAGCAAAUUCCUAACAUAUUUUACGUUUAGUAAAUUCGUAACAUAUAAUACGUAUUGUAAUUCAUAACAUAUCAUACGAAAGGGGCGAUGGACAUCCACAUUCCAUACGAAACGUAACAUAUCAUAUUAAAAAAGUGUUCCGGAUUUACUUACAGAAUAAUACGAAAUGCUUUGAGACAAGGUUGGCCUGCAUGCUUUGGAUAGGUCUAGUAUUACGUCAUGGCUACAGUAUGUUACUAACCUCCGGCAAUGAGAUUAGUAGGAUUAGGGACGGGUUAGGGUUUGAUGAGUAACAUUUUUCAGCAUACAUCUAGCUUGAAUUAAUUUAGCUAUCUGCUCAGACACCAAUUGUUUGGGAUAAAACAUGUUUUUUUUUAAUGAUAAACUGGAUAUUAGAUAUGAUAUCAGUCUUUUGGCCUUUUGUGUUUUGAUGUUGUUUGGUUGCAUGCUAAGGUGUGUCCUCAUCCUCAUCUAUUGUGUUAUGAUAGGGACAAACAGAGUGAAUCUGUAGCUGUACCAAACUCAGAGUUGCAUAUGGUUCAUAUUGUAUGCUCUGGUAUGCUUAUUGUCUGCUGUAUGCUUUAACUACAACAACUACAUGAUUUUCCCAUCCAUUGAUUUGAUAACACAGGAUCCUUCAAUAAUUCUCAAAACUCUUUCAGAGUAAAGUAACAUCCCCUUGCGUCCAUUUUUAUGCUUGACCCUAAUCUCACAUGCCAGACUUUACAGCUAUAUCCAAUACUCAGGGACACUCUUGUCUGGCUCUGCGAGAUUAGCUUUCUCCAAAUUUAUGAUUUCCGUAUGGUUGCCCUGCUUACAUUUUGUUCUUGGUUCUUCUCAUCGGAGGUACUGAUCCACCCAGCGGGCGGAGCUCCCCUAUACCCCAACGGCCAGAGAGCCGCCCGGUCACUCCGCCUCUCUCUCUGACCCCUAAACAUUUCCACCUCCCAGGUAGGAGAUACACGGAGCGCACCCUGUCACUGUCACUGCUACCUGAGACUUUCUAUCUCUCGCUCUCUUUUAUCACUCUCACUCAACUUCUCUCUACCACUUUUUCCAUUUCAAUAAUGCUUUUGGCUCAUGUGUCACUGGAAAAGUGUUUGCUACGUAUACAUGAAAUACAAAACACUGGGCACAAACUGGUUGAAUCAACGUUGUUUCAACGUAAUUCGUCGACGUAUUGUGACGCCGAUUCUACGUGUAAAAUACAUUCAAAAAUGUCAACAUAAACAAACCUUGUAUAAAAUGUGUUGAAUUUGUACCUUUAAACCAACGUCAGAUCUUCAACGUUAUAUCCACUAUCAGAAAAACAAACAAUAAGCUGGGCAGCACCUCCUACUGGAGAAUUGAUCUAUCUACACAUACCUUUGGUCUCCCAUCCAAAGUUUUAACCAAGCCCAGCUAUGGUAUUUGUCACUGACUAUUAUCAAUGUGCUAUCGUGAGAGUGAUUGUUGAUAGAUCCCCAUUUUAAAAUGAAAUAGAUCGACCGCUGCACCACUCGGGAGGCCCUAAGGUACUGCAUCGCAGUACUUGAGGCGUCACUACAGCCCCAGGUUUGAUCUCAGGCUUUGUCACAGCCAGCCAUGACCGGGAGACCCGUGAGGUGGCGCACAAUUGGCCCAGCGUCAUCCGGGUUAGGGGAGGGUUUGGCCGGCCGGGAUUUCCUUGUCCCAUCACGCUCUAGCAACUCCUUGUGUGCGGGCCGGGUGCCUGCAAGCUGACUUUGGUCGCCAGCUGGACGGUGUUUCCUCUGACACAUUGAUGCGGCUGGCUUCCGGGUUAAGCGAGCAGUGUGUCAAGAAGCAGUGCGGCUUGGCAGGGUCGUGUUUCGGAGGACGCAUGGAUCUCGACCUUCGCCUCUCCCGAGUCCGUAGGGACAAGACUGCAACUAUUGGAUAUCACGAAAAAGGGGUAAAAGUACAAAAACAUAUAUAAUAAUUUAAAAAAUCAUAAAAACAAAUAAAAUAGAUUCACUGUUGCUAUCAAAGUCAUUCCAAAAGGUAGGUUUAACAGAGCAAAAUGACAUUUAACCAUACUUUAUCACUCAUUUUUCAUCAAUGAUGAUAUUUAGGCCUAUAUAUAAUUUGCAAAGUCAUCAACAGCUAUUGUUUCAAUUCAACCCAGAAUUCAACAAAAAAUUAGACAAUACAAUAGGCCUAGGGUUUUAAGCUCUGGCUGAUUUCAAAUGGAAUGAUAUUUAGUGAUUGAAAUCUGUUUGGUUGCCAACGCAACCAAAUAUCAACAUUUGAAGGAGAUGUAGCCUCUAUCUUCUGAUUGGAUAGUUCCAUCUGUGCCACUGUAUUAGUCUGGCUUUAAUUUCAGUGUGUCUACAAAAUAAUCAUUGAUAUGUUGGAUUCAACUCCAUCUCAACUAAAAAUCUAAGUUAAAGAAUAGGACUAAAUAAAAUCAAAUUAUUUAAAGUGCAUUUAAAGUUGGAUUUGUUUUGAUUUAGUCCUAUUCUUUAACUUUGAUGUUUGAUUGAGAUGGAGACGUGAAUCCAACGUACCAAUUAUUAAUUUGUAGACAAACUGGAAUUAAAGCCAGACUUAUGGCCUGAACUCACCAAAAGCGAGCAUGUGAUUUAUUUUUAAAUGCACUGCUUUGAAUUAUAAUGACCCAACCGAAGCCGGGCGGGCAGGUUGUCCGCUUUGACGCCUCGCUCAUUUAGAACGUGUCUCGUUUUUUUGUGUUUUAUUGUUGCCGCUGUAGUCACACACAUUUUUUUGUGGUUGUCAUUAUUCACUUUUUUUUAAAGCUCAUUUGAAUUGGAAGAGGUAGCUAAAGAUUGAGGCUUUACCAUACAUGCUAAAUUAGGCCAAUUCAUCCACUUAUGGAAACACAACAUCGCUAUCAGCAAAGAUGAUUGGAGAUAUGGACUAUCCUGCUAGCAUACAGUCACUGUUCUGCCUGUCCGGUCCUUUCCACCCGCCUCGCUCUGUUUGCUCCACCCACCCGUUUCUGGUGAGUUAAGUUUUUCGCUUAAGUCAGUGGCACAGAUGGAACUAUUGAAGCAAAAGAUAAAUCUCCUUCAAAUGUAGAUAUUUGGUUGCAUUGACAACCCAAAACAAUUCAAUAUCACUUUUGUAAUACAGUUAAUAGCCUAAAGUUAAAGGAGCAACAUGCAGAAAUUUCCUGGUUGCUAAAAUUCUAAUAGUUCGCCUAAUUUCAGUUUAUGUGACAAAACAAGCACUAUAAAGUAUGUAGAGAAUCAUUGUCCCAUUUAAACCGCUGUGAAAUAUAUUUUCAAUAACCGAAAAUAUUGUAUUUUCAGCUGGUUGAAGCUGAUGUACAAAACCGAAAGUAAAAGAAAUAGAAAUAGCGCACAUAGAACAGAUCUACAGCUUCUUAGACUUGCUUUCAAUGAGUGACAGAUCUAUAACUAUGUGAAUUUGGUCGGGUCGCCCAAAAAGUUACAUAUUGCAGCUUUAAUAACUAAUGUAAAAUUCUACUUUAAAAUGGUUAACACAUCCAUGGCCACAUUCCGAGGUGAUGGUAACUAUACAUUUCUUCUUAUGUAAUCACAUAAAGUGUUCUAAUUCAAGAUAUCUUGCGUAGGUCAUCGCACAAUGCUGUAAUAAUCUGGCAGAAUCUCGAACAACAUUGAUCAAUUGCGCCAUUUACUUUUAAUGUAAUCUCAACUGCAAUAUUUUGGUUCAGCCAUUAGAUGAAGUACAGUGAUAACACAUUCAUCUGUUGUAUAGAUAAACAAAAUAUCUGACAUUGUAUUCCCGUUUGAACUUUGCUGUGCUUUUAAAUGAUUGAAAGCGUGGAGAUAGCCAUUUGGGUGACAAUUACACCAAAAAUCAGACAUUGUUUUUCCAUUGGAAUCAUUGAAAGCAUAGUGAUAACACAUUGGAAAUUCAACUAACUUUUGUCUGUCUUUUUGGGUGAUUAUAUCUUGUAAUCCCAUUGAUCAACAUCUCAACCAAAUAUUCCCCGAUUAUCCACGUUGAAAUGACGUGGUGUGCCCAGUGGAUUUUGACUAUGUCUUUCUCCCGUUGCCCUUUCAGAUCAGGGGAUCAACAUUUACAGGAAACCACCCAUCUACAAACAACACGGUACAUUCACUCUCUGUGACCUGGUUUCACCAGCAUUAACAGCAUGAAUAAUUAUACUGAUUGCAAAUAGAGGCAGAGCCUUCCAAGAGCAUGACUUCUCUUAGCAGGGACAUGAUAUGAGGAGUUGGUUUACUGUAAAACAAGCGUGAUUAUAGAAAGAAAAUAGUGUCACGAACCUCAUUGGCUAAUAAAGAAGAUCGAUAAGCUUCGCAAUACAAAGCAGCACCUUUUAGUAAUGGUAUAGAGUUGGUAGACUAGAUGUCAAUGAGUAAUAUCUGGGUCCUUUCAAUUAUGUUUUUCUUUCAGUUUGGAUUGAAAUUGUGUAAUCACCACAUUGACCUCCAAUUGUACACCAUUUACUGUAACCACAUCCAAUGUCAAUGUGUCAAUACUGUUUGAAGUCUCUCUCGCUGACCAAAUACUUUCUGAACACUUUCUGAGAAUCUAGAAACCUAAGCAAAAGAUCAAGGCAUGUGAGCCUACAGUACCCCAUAAUCUACAAAGAAGGUUUGGGAUGGCAACUUAAUUCCCUUAAAUAUUAUUUAUUGCUGACACGUUUCGGAGCGUGGUCCUUCUCCACAGUGGUUCUGUAGCCCUUUCCUGCUGUCAAAUGAUCUAGUGGCCUCAUGGGUGUAAAGUUAGUAAUAUUUUUCAUAAUUAAUAAACAUUCAAAAAAUUACGUUGAAAAUCUGGUGUUUCUAUGUCAAACUGUUUUGUUAUAUUUCAGUCUUCUGUGAUGUAUAUAAAGUGUAAUAUUGUGAUGCAAAGUCAAAAUGUAUUGCAUUUCACCUCUAUAUCUGACAUGGUACAGGUGUCUUCUUUUUUUGAGCCCAUAAUGUGUGUGUGGUGUAUACUUUUGUUUCAAAGUAGAUUUGUUUAAGACUUCCAAGAAACACUCUGUGUGACCCUGAUUUAGGCCACUGCAGUAAAAUAUUUUAAAGAAGAUGCAUGCUCCGAAACACGUCAGCAAUAAAUACUAUUGAAGGCAAAUAAGUUGCCAUCUUGAACAGUCUUUUAAGAUUACAUUUUUACAUUCCUAGGACUGAGCACCCCUUCAGCGGUUCAGACAGUAUUAUAAAUCUUGGUUAGAGCGCCAGCACACUACAACUAUUUACAUAAUCUAUGAACAAUUUUGAAUAAUAGGUGUAAAUGUAAGGUUGGGGGAUUAUCUUUACCAUGUACACAGCAAAUUUGAGAUCAGAAUUUUUACAUCCACCGUGUUAAACGUAACACUUUCUUAGUGUGUAUACUGAAUGUGACCCACUGAAAAAGUGUUAAACUGUUGCAAAUUCCAACAUAAAUUAACAUUUAUUAGAGAUGAUGCUUUUACAAUUUAUUUUUGUUAGGGAAUCACAUGUAGUGUGUUUCAGAAUCUUUGUAUUUUUUUGGGUGUGGGGUGUAAAGCCUUAUUUACAUAUUUCCCAGCAUGCCUUUCAAGUGAACGUGAGAGAUACCCACCCAUGUUUGUUAGUGACAGAGACAUGGUUGUUGCAUUCAUUACAUUCCAGCCUUGAAGCUUUCAGGAAGUGACUGCUUAAGUGAUAGUGUUUCAAUUGAAAUAAACCGUUUAUCGCCAUAUUAUGCAGUGGGGGGAAAAAGUAUUUAGUCAGCCACCAAUUGUGCAAGUUCUCCCACUUAAAAAGAUGAGAGAGGCCUGUAAUUUUCAUCAUAGGUACUCGUCAACUAUGACAGACAAAUUGAGAAAAAAAAAUCCAGAAAAUCACAUUGUAGGAUUUUUAAUGAAUUUAUUUGCAAAUUAUGGUGGAAAAUAAGUAUUUGGUCACCUACAAACAAGCAAGAUUUCUGGCUCUCACAGACCUGUAACUUCUUCUUUAAGAGGCUCCUCUGUCCUCCACUCGUUACCUGUAUUAAUGGCACCUGUUUGAACUUGUUAUCAGUAUAAAAGACACCUGUCCACAACCUCAAACAGUCACACUCCAAACUCCACUAUGGCCAAGACCAAAGAGCUGUCAAAGGACACCAGAAACAAAAUUGUAGACCUGCACCAGGCUGGGAAGACUGAAUCUGCAAUAGGUAAGCAGCUUGGUUUGAAGAAAUCAACUGUGGGAGCAAUUAUUAGGAAAUGGAAGACAUACAAGACCACUGAUAAUCUCCCUCGAUCUGGGGCUCCACGCAAGAUCUCACCCCGUGGGGUCAAAAUGAUCACAAGAACGGUGAGCAAAAAUCCCAGAACCACACAGGGGGACCUAGUGAAUGACCUGCAGAGAGCUGGGACCAAAGUAACAAAGCCUACCAUCAGUAACACACUACGCCGCCAGGGACUCAAAUCCUGCAGUGCCAGACGUGUCCCCCUGCUUAAGCCAGUACAUGUCCAGGCCCGUCUGAAGUUUGCUAGAGUGCAUUUGGAUGAUCCAGAAGAGGAUUGGGAGAAUGUCAUAUGGUCAGAUGAAACCAAAAUAGAACUUUUUGGUAAAAACUCAACUCGUCGUGUUUGGAGGACAAAGAAUGCUGAGUUGCAUCCAAAGAACACCAUACCUACUGUGAAGCAUGGGGUGGAAACAUCAUGCUUUGGGGCUGUUUUUCUGCAAAGGGACCAGGACGACUGAUCCGUGUAAAGGAAAUAAUUAAUGGGGCCAUGUAUCGUGAGAUUUUGAGUGAAAACCUCCUUCCAUCAGCAAGGGCAUUGAAGAUGAAACGUGGCUGGGUCUUUCAGCAUGACAAUGAUCCCAAACACACCGCCCGGGCAACGAAGGAGUGGCUUCGUAAGAAGCAUUUCAAGGUCCUGGAGUGGCCUAGCCAGUCUACAGAUCUCAACCCCAUAGAAAAUCUUUGGAGGGAGUUGAAAGUCCGUGUUGCCCAGCGACAGCCCCAAAACAUCACUGCUCUAGAGGAGAUCUGCAUGGAGGAAUGGGCCAAAAUACCAGCAACAGUUUGUGAAAACCUUGUGAAGACUUACAGAAAACGUUUGACCUGUGUCAUUGCCAACAAAGGGUAUAUAACAAAGUAUUGAGAAACUUUUGUUAUUGACCAAAUACUUAUUUUCCACCAUAAUUUGCAAAUAAAUUCAUUAAAAAUCGUACAAUGUGAUUUUCUGGAUUUUUUUUUCUCAUUUUGUUUGUCAUAGUUGACAUGUACCUAUGAUGAAAAUUACAGGCCUCUCUCAUCUUUUUAAGUGGGAGAACUUGCACAAUUGGUGAUGGCCUAGUUGUCCUUGACAUUUUGGUCUGAAAAUGAUGGCUCAUGGGCCACAUCAGACCUGCAAGUCACAAUAUGCUGGUUUGUGAAAUUAUUAGUAAUUCCUAUCAGAUUCCAGCCAUUCAAAACAACUGUUAUUGAGAAGGACUAAAGCAAGACUACCUAAAUCAUUUAAAGGUGAACAACCAUCUCAGUAACGGGUGCAAUAAGUCCAACUCCUUACAGAUUGGAUUAGUUUAGAAAAGGUUAUUUAUAUUUGUAUAGCAUAAGAUCAAUGAAUCAAUCAAUGUGCAUGCAGAAACAUAGAUAUUAAAACAAACGAUUCUAAAAAUCAAACUGCAACAAAUCAUGCUGGGAAAUAUGAUAAUGAGGCCCCUCCCACGUCUUUUCUACUCUGAGAGAGUUAACGGAAAUGAACUCAACACAGUAAAGUACGCGGUGUUGAUUCCACUGUGUUUCAAAUAACACUUCAUCUAUUCACUGCAGGUGGUGUCAGUUUCAAUCCCACUGGUGUUAACCCCACUCGAAUCAACACUCAGAUAUAACACUCACAACACCUUUUUACCUCAAAUUUGCUGUGUAGAGAUUAUCACACAACAUUUCAGACAGAUGAUGAUGAAAUGUUCCGCUGUGGUUAAGGGGAUUAAGGGGACUCACUCAGACACUGAUAGUCCAGUUCCUCUGGUUACCAACUUAGAUUCACCCACACCAAAAAGAAAGUCUGCUGAUGACAUCAUCAGAUCCGCUACGUUUCCUGCCGCCCAUGUCCCCCGUCCGGAUGACACAUCACCAAGCGAGAACGACCACUGGCCCCCCUGCUCUCCCUCCCUGGCCCUGGCUGCCUUAGGUACAGUAGGCUCCCUAUGAGCAUGCUUGCCCUGCCCCACCUCCCUCCCCUUAGAGGCUCACUACCCCUAACCAAACCCUGAACUUGUCCCUGUCCAGAAACAAUCACUAGUCCCUACCCUCUAGACAUUUGUGGAGAUCUGAGAGAAUUUGAUAGGUUUGAGCAAUAUAUCAAUAGCUCCACCUUGAACUCUGAUAGGCUAGGUGGAAUUUCUGCCAUAUUGCUUUUCCAAACCUCUCAGAUUUCCACAAGUGUCUAGGAUGUAGGAGUUUGGGUUCUUUAUGGAUAGGGCAUAAUCUCACUCUUAUGCACUUGUAUCUUAAACCCACCACUAAGCUUUAUUGCAUCCCUGCUCUCACUACAAUUUGACUCUCUGGAACACAGACUUUUACAAUUAUUUUGCUGAAUUUUGUGCAAUGCUGAUGAAUAAUGGAUCCUUGAAAGACUAUUGUUAUUGGCGUCAUGUCACGUUUUGCUUGCUACAGCUUUAGUUGCACCUUCCUUUACAGCUACCUAUACAAUCAAUCAAUUGAUUGGUUGAUGUACUGUACCUAGACCAUUAACAAAUGACUUGGACAGAGCUAACUGAGACUGGCUUCAAACUGACCUGUCUUCCUACACUGUGUUGUUCUGUGUAUCAAACUCAUAGUAAAAAGCUCAUCUUGUGAAGACUGUUGUAUUGUCGGUGUUAACAUUCUGUGUAGCUGAGUAGUUGCAUUGUCUUUGUGUUGUCUGUGUAUAUGUCUAGUCAACUCUGUCUCACAUUUGUGUUCUCCCACACCCCUGUUGCUGGAAAGAUAAAUCCUACAGUACUUUUGUAAAUCCUUUAAAAAAUCCUGUAGAGUACUUUUGUGAAUGUGAUGUCCACAGAUGGAAGCAUUCUAUUAUGCCUUCUGUUAUAGUUUUGGACAGUCUUGUUUUACUGUAUUUAACACUAGUUCUCGGUCAAGAUGCCUGUAAUUCACACACAGUUAUAAGGGUGUGUGCGUGCCUGCCUGUGUGUGUGUGUGUAUGUGUGUGCGUCUGUGUUUGUGUGUGUGUGUGCGCAUGUGUGUGUUGGCUUAUUCGUGGGUUGUGUAUGCCACUCAAACGUUCAGAAGGAGGAAGGAGACGGUCUAGGGAAGAGGAGGAAGAGGAGGCUCUGAAGAGAAAGCAGAUCCAGGAGGAGCAUAUCAACAAGGUUAGAGAAGCCACAUUCAUACACUUACUCCCACAAUCACAAUCACACCCACAAACACACACAGGUAGGCAGCUCUGCUCUACUAUUGUAUGUUCAUAAAAAGGUAUUCCUGCAGAUACAGUAUACUGCUUUAUAGUAUAUAGUAUAUAGCAUGUACAAGCCUUUAUACUGUAUUAUAAUAAGGUUUAUAUUAUGUUUUGUUUCUGUAUGUAUCAACUUUUUAACUGACUCAAAAUAGCUGGUAUUUAGUCAGUAUCAUUAUAAGAUAAAAUAUAUUAUAAGAUAUUAUUAUACAUGCUCAUGACAAGUCUUACAAUGCAUUAUACCUGCAGGCUUUAAGUUACAUUUUACCAUAUGUUCUGUGUGUCCCCAGAUCCAGUCUGGUUUGGGGAAGCUGAUAAUGAAGGAGGAGAAUGAGAAGGAGCAGAUCAGGGAAAGUCACGCACGCAGCCAAUCAGCUCAGCGCUAUGAACCCCAUCAGACCAACUGUGAUGGA